UACAGAAUUACGUACGUACGUAUAAAUAGAGGUUAGUACAUUAAUCGGCGAAAAAACAUUCGACGUAGAAUCCGCCUUCGGAGACUUGAGUCGCCACCGGUGAGUACUUCUUCGAUACAUUCCGCCGUUCGUUUCCUCUUACUUGGCGUCUUGGGUGCAGUGAGAAUGGGGAGCAAUGAUUUGAACACCUGGGUUUCGGACAAGUUGAUGGUUCUGCUAGGCUUUUCACAAACUGCUGUCGUGCAGUAUCUAAUUGCAAUGGCUAAACAAUCAAAAUCACCAGGUGAACUCGUCCGUGAAUUGGUGGAAUGCGGGUUUUCUUUGUCCGGUGAUACCCGCGCGUUCGCAGAAGAAAUUUAUGCUAGAGCUCCCCGGAAAACCCCUGGAGUGAAUCUCUACCAGCAACAGGAAGCAGAGGCAGCGAUGCUGUUGAAGAAGCAGAAAACUUUUUCCCUUUUAGAGGCUGAUCAUGAUGAAGAUGAAAACAAUGUGAAGAAACAAUCUGCUUCGAAAACCGGAAAGUCAGAUAAAGGCCAAAAGAGGUUCAGGAAGAAAAGUGAGCAAUUGGAAGACGACGAUGAUGAGGUAGUGAUUGUUAGAGAGGACAAAAGGAAUGUUAGGAGAAAGGUUUCCGAAGACGAGGAUGAUGGCACUGAGUCUGAAGAGGAAAGAUUACGUGACCAAAGGGAGAGAGAAGAACUAGAGCAGCACCUAAGAGAACGAGAUACUGCACGGACACGAAAGCUAACCGAGCCAAAAAUGUCAAAGAAAGAGCAAGAAGAGUUUGUUCGAAGAGAUAGUGCUGUAGACAAGGGUGAUAUUGAAUCCUUAAGGAAAUUCUCAUGGCAAGAAUAUAUGAAGAAAAGGAAACAGAAGAAAGUACUAGAGCUAAAGGAUGAUAUAGAAGAUGAACCAUACCUUUUUGGAGAUGAAAAGCUCACUGAAAGAGAAAUUCGUGAAUUUAGAUACAAGAGAGAAAUCUAUGAGCUCAUAAAGAAAAGUACACAAGAAGAAGAUAAUGUAGGAGAGUAUAGAAUGCCGGAUGCAUAUGAUCAACAGGGAAGUGUUGAUCAGGAGAAGAGGUUUGCUGUUUCUGUACAACGGUACAGGGACAUGGGUUCCGCAGAGAAAAUGAACCCCUUUGCAGAGCAAGAAGCUUGGGAGGACCAUCAGAUUGAAAACGCAGCAUUAAAAUUUGGUGCAAAGAAUAAGGAGGUCUCAGACAAUUACGAGUUUGUAUUUGAAGACCAAAUAGACUUCAUAAAGGCAUCUGUGUUGGCUGGUGAUAAUUAUGAAGAUGAAAUGCAUGCUAAACCAUCUCAAGAUUCUGCUGGGAAAUCGGCUUUUCAUAUGCUUCAGGAGGAUAGAAAAGCUCUGCCAAUUUAUACAUAUCGUGAUCAACUUCUUAAUGCUGUGAAAGAUCAUCAGGUUCUUAUCAUUGUGGGGGAAACGGGUUCUGGCAAGACUACACAGAUACCCCAAUAUCUUCACGAAGCUGGUUACACAAAGCUUGGAAAGGUUGGUUGUACGCAGCCUCGAAGAGUUGCGGCUAUGAGUGUGGCUGCUCGUGUUGCUCAAGAGAUGGGUGGUAAACUUGGGCAUGAGGUCGGCUAUUCCAUUCGAUUUGAGGAUUGUACGUCUGAGAAAACAAUUCUGAAAUAUAUGACUGAUGGAAUGCUUUUGCGUGAGUUGCUUGGUGAGCCAGAUCUGGGCAGUUACAGUGUUAUCAUCGUGGAUGAGGCGCAUGAAAGAACUUUGCGCACCGACAUACUAUUUGGAUUAGUGAAGGAUAUAGCACGGGCUCGGCCUGAUCUGAAGUUAUUGAUAUCCAGUGCAACCAUGGAUGCAGAGAAGUUUUCUGAUUUUUUUGACCAAGCCCCUAUCUUCAGGUUCCCAGGAAGAAGGUAUCCUGUUGACAUUUGCUUUACUACUGCACCUGAAGCUGAUUACAUGGACGCAGCAAUAACUACUGUGCUUACGAUACAUGUGAAGGAGCCACUUGGGGAUGUUUUGGUCUUCCUCCCAGGUCAAGAGGAAAUUGAAGCCGUAGAAGAGAACUUGAAGCACAAGAUAAGAGGUUUGGGUACAAAGAUCCGCGAACUCAUUAUAUGCCCAAUUUACGCUAACCUUCCAAGUGAGCUCCAAGCAAAAAUAUUUGAACCAACUCCUGAAGGGGCACGAAAAGUCGUGCUAGCAACUAAUAUUGCUGAAACAUCAUUGACCAUCGAUGGUAUAAAGUAUGUCGUUGAUCCAGGCUUUAGCAAGAUGAAAUCCUAUAACCCUAGAACAGGGAUGGAAUCUUUGCUUGUAACGCCUAUCUCUAAGGCUUCAGCGACUCAACGAACUGGUCGAGCUGGAAGAACCAGUCCAGGGAAGUGUUACCGCCUGUACACGGCGUUUAAUUACUACAAUGACUUGGAGGACAAUACCGUACCUGAAAUACAAAGGACUAAUCUUGCUAGUGUGGUGCUUUCUUUGAAGAGUCUUGGUAUUCAUAAUCUGCUGAACUUUGACUUUAUGGACCCUCCGCCUUCUGAAGCUCUUAUAAAGUCCUUAGAGCUGCUCUUUGCUCUGGGUGCUCUCAAUCAGCUUGGCGAAUUGACUAAAGCUGGUAGACGGAUGGCAGAGUUUCCUCUUGAUCCAAUGUUGUCGAAGAUGAUUGUUGUUUCUGACAAAUACAAAUGCUCCGAUGAGAUUAUAUCAAUUGCUGCUAUGUUGUCCAUCGGGCCUUCUAUCUUUUACCGCCCCAAGGACAAGCAAGUUCACGCUGACAAUGCAAUGAAGAAUUUUCACGUUGGAAAUGUCGGUGAUCACAUUGCUUUCCUGAAGAUUUACAAUUCGUGGAAGGAAACGAACUACUCAACACAAUGGUGCUACGAGAACUAUAUUCAGGUUCGGAGUAUGAAAAGAGCCAGAGAUAUCCGUGAUCAGUUGGAGGGUCUUCUCGAGAGAGUUGAAAUAGACGUUAGCUCAAACGCGAAUGAGUUGGAUUCAAUAAGAAAAUCCAUUGUAGCUGGUUUCUUUCCACACACUGCGAAGCUACAGAAGAAUGGAUCAUAUCGAACAGUGAAGCAUCCCCAAACCGUACACAUACAUCCAGCCUCUGGCUUAUCUCAGGUAUUGCCGAGAUGGGUUGUAUAUCAUCAACUAGUCCUUACCUCUAAGGAAUACAUGCGACAGGUAACAGAGUUAAAACCCGAGUGGUUGAUUGAGAUAGCUCCACACUAUUAUCAGCUCAAGGACGUUGAAGAUGCUACAUCCAAGAAAAUGCCCAAAACCAGUGGCCGAGCUGUGGUGUAGCAACUUUGAUCAAACAAAGAUGAUGGAGAAACUGAGAAUGACGAUAUUUGCUAAAUUGUUGAUUUGCAUAUAACCCCCUCUAAUUAACUUAGAUAUUUAUAUUAAUAGAAGAAUAUUAACAGUU